CAAGCCAACCACCCAACCACCAGCCACCACCCAAACAAAAUGUUCGCCAAGAUUAUGCUCGUUGCUCUCGCCUGCGUGGCUGGCGCCCAGGCGGGUCUGCUGCCCCUUGCCGCUGCACCUGCACCACUCGCUGCCGCUGGCAUCGUGGCGCCCUAUGCCUCCAGCUUCAAUGCCCAUCGGAUUAACCACGCCGUUGCCUACCCUGUAGCACCAGCACCUGUUGCGCCCGUGGCUCUGGCUGCUCCAGCGCCAGCUCCAGUGGCUUUCGCUGCACCACCCAAAGUUGCAUUUGCUGCUCCUGCUCUGGCCCCAGCGCCUGCCUUUGCUGCUCCUGCUCUGGCCCCGGCGCCUGCCUUUGCCGCACCUGCCCUCGCACCUGCUCCUCUGGCCGCUCCACUGGCUGCUCCUCUGGGUGCUCCUCUGGGUGCUCCCAUCGGCUUUGCCGCGCCCGCUCGCUUUGGGCUGCCAGCUGCGUUUCCCUUCGCCGCACCCAGAUUCCCAGCACCCGCUCCCUACUUCAUCUAGAUAGAGUGCCACCCCAUCCUAGCUUAGAUUUAGCCACCCACACACACCCCUAGACCAAAACACACACAGCAGUAAGCACAAUGCUUGGCGAAUAAAUAUUUGUAUAUCAAUUUA